GCGGCGGCCGUAGCCAUGCAGCGCGACGGGGACGCGGCGGCCGCCGCCGCCGCCUCGUACCGUGUGCUCAGCCGCCUGCUGGGCUACGGCGCCGCGCCGGAGGCGGGCGCGGGGCCGGGCGGCGCCGGUGCCGGUGCGGCGGGCGCGGGGCCCGGCGGAGCGGGGCGGCUGCCGGGGGCCGGGCCGGCGCUGCGCAGCCCGCGGCCGCAGCUGAUGGUUUUCCGCAACGCUGCGGCCGAGGGCCGGCCCGGCGAUGAUUGCGGCCCGGUACCGGCGGUGGCAGCGGCGGCGGCGGCGGGCGGGGGGGUCCCGGGGGGCGGCGGCGGCGGGGCCGAGCUGUGCCCGCGGCACCGCUGCGCGCUGGAGCCCAAAGCGGCGGCGGGCUGGGGAGCGGCGGCGCAGAGCGGGCUGGAGCUGCAGCUGGCGGCGCUGGGGCUGCGCCCGCCGGGGCUGGCGGCCAAGGGGGCGGCGGGGGCGGCGGGGACCCCCUGCCCGUGCCUGGGGCCGCCCGCCGGGGAGGAGACCAGCGAUGCGCUGCUGGUGCUCGAAGCGCUGGAGCCCGACGAGGGCGGCAGCGGCUCCGAGGAUGAGCCGGGAUCCCCCGGGCGCACCCGCAGAGCGGCGGCGGUGGCGGCAGCAUCAGCAGCCCCCGGCCCCGCUCCGCCGCCCGCGGGCACCGGCGCCGGCCCCGGCGGCAGGAAGGGCUCGCUCCGCAUCCGCCUCAGCCGCCUCUUCCGCACCAAGAGCUGCAGCGGCGGCUCGGCCGCCGGGGACGCCGCCAGCGCCGCCGCCUCGGCCGGGAGCCUCACGGAUGUGUGCGGGGCCCGCGGGCGGGAGCAGGAGCCGGGCAGGAAACACAGACUGACGAGAACCCAAAGUGCCUUUUCCCCGGUUGUGUUCAGCCCCCUCUUCACGGGUGAGACGGUGUCGCUGGUGGACGUGGACAUUUCCCAGCGGGGGCUCAGCUCCCCUCACCCUCCGACCCCGCCGCCGCCGCCGCGCCGGAGCCUCAGCCUGCUCGAUGAUUUCAGUGGGACUCUGCCUCCGGCCGUGCUCGUGGCUCCCUUGGGCUCUUCCCUGCAAUCCUUCCCUCUGCCUCCGCCUCCUCCGCCCCACGCCCCAGACGCCUUUCCCCGGGCCGUGUCCCUGCGCCCGGCCGAGCCCCCGGCGCAGCCCCCGCUCCCGCAGUGUCCCCUGGCCCGGCCUGACCCCAGCAGCUUCGCCGCCAGCCUGAGGGAGCUGGAGAAGUGCGGGUGGUACUGGGGCCCCAUGAACUGGGAGGACGCGGAGAUGAAGCUGAAGGGGAAGGCGGACGGCUCCUUCCUGGUGCGGGACAGCUCCGACCCGCGCUACAUCCUGAGCCUGAGCUUCCGCUCGCAGGGCAUCACGCACCACACGCGCAUGGAGCACUACCGCGGGACCUUCAGCCUGUGGUGCCACCCCAAGUUCGAGGACCGCUGCCAGUCCGUGGUGGAGUUCAUCAAGAGAGCCAUCAUGCACUCCAAGAACGGCAAAUUCCUCUACUUCCUGCGCUCCCGCGUGCCAGGUCUGCCCCCGACGCCGGUGCAGCUCCUGUACCCCGUGUCCAGGUUCAGCAACGUCAAAUCCCUGCAGCACCUCUGCCGCUUCCGCAUCCGGCAGCUGGUGCGGAUCGACCACAUCCCGGAGCUGCCGCUGCCCAAGCCCCUGAUCUCCUACAUCCGCAAGUUCUACUACUACGACCCGCAGGAGGAGCAGUACCUGUCCCUCAAGGAGGCGCAGCUCAUCUCCAGACACAAGCAGGAGCCCGAAUCCUCCACGUAGCGGAGCCGCCCCGGCGUGACGGAAUUUGGUUGUUGCCCUCCUGCCGAGGCGGGGAGGAGGCCGAGCCCCUGCUGCUCCUGCUGCUCCUGCUGCUGCUCUUUUCCCUGGAGGAGAGGGCCCAGAAUUCCCGGGAAAGCCAGAAUUCCCAGGAAAGCCAGCAU